GUUUCAGUUCUCGUUGGGCGUUAGAAGACGAACUACGUGUUGCUGUUGCUUUGAAGAUUAAUUGUAGCGAAUAUGCCUUCCGUAGCAGCUGUGACCAUCCCGUUGCAACUAGCCUGUCAAUUUUUACUGUCAGGUCAACCGGGAUACAACAAUAUCAGUUUGGGUUUGAGUAACGCUACCGCAACAGUUCCGACUGGCCCGUACCAAUAUCACCGUCAAGUCAAUCUACCGCCGAGGUACGAGUCGAAUCAACAACUGGGCGUUGCUUACAAAAAUUACAACGACGUACAACUCCAUUGGGACGAUGCUCGCAAGAGAUGUAUCUCGGACGGAGGUCGUCUCGCUAUUAUAGAUACUCCGGAGAAAUUCCGCGCUGUCGAGCACAUGGUAUCGUCGUCCGGUAUGAGCGAAACGUUCCUCGGUAUUCACAGUCUCUUCAACUCCAACGAGUGGGUCAGAGUCGACAACGGUUCACCGGUGGGUCGAUUGCCCGCUGCGGUAGAAGGUUCCUUCGGAAAUUGUCUCGGUUUGAGGCGAUUCUCCAGCUUUUCCAGCGUUACGUUCAAUCGAGUAUCGUGCACAUCUUCCGGACGAUUCAUAUGCGAAAUUCCACUCUAAACACAGACGUAUCGAACGUCGUGACCUGCGUGAAUUUUGUAACUUUCCUUGACCGAGAGGAAAAAAGAGGUGUAACAAUUUUUACGCCCAUUCACGAGAUCAAAUAAAAAGAACUAUUUCAUCUGUAAUCAUCCGGAAA